UCCCCAGGAGGCCGCCUCCUCCAGGCAGCCACCCGCGCCUGUCAGGGCCUCGCGCCCCGCGGUGGUCCCGGCGCCGCACACCCGGGCUCCCGGGCCCCAGAGCCCGCGCUAUGACCGCGGCCGCCGCCUCCAACUGGGGGCUGAUCAUGAACAUCGUGAACAGCAUCGUGGGGGUCAGCGUCCUCACCAUGCCCUUCUGCUAAGCAGCUCCCUUUCGUCAGCGUCUCUCUCCCCUCUAGUGCGGCAUCGUCCUGGGGGCCCUGCUCCUGGCGUUCUGUGCCUGGAUGACGCACCAGUCCUGCAUGUUCCUGGUGAAAGCCGCCAGCCUGAGCAAGCGGAGGACCUACGCAGGCCUGGCGUUUCACGCCUACGGGAAGGCCGGGAAGAUGCUGGUGGAGACCAGCAUGAUCGGGCUGAUGCUGGGGACCUGCAUCGCCUUCUACGUCGUCAUCGGCGACCUGGGCUCCACCUUCUUUGCCCGGCUGUUUGGGUUCCAGGUGACCGGCUCCUUCCGCGCGCUGCUGCUCUUCGCGGUGUCGCUGGGCAUCGUGCUGCCCCUGAGCCUGCAGCGCAACAUGCUGGGCUCCAUCCAGUCCUUCAGCGCCAUGGCCCUGCUCUUCUACGCCGCCUUCCUGUUCGUGGUGAGUGGGCGCCGGCACCGCCGCCUCUGCGUGGUGCGCUGGGAGGGCGUCUUCCGCUGCAUCCCCAUCUUUGGCAUGUCCUUUGCCUGCCAGUCCCAGGUCCUGCCCACCUACGACAGCCUGGACGAGCCCUCGGUGAAGACCAUGAGCUCCAUCUUCGCCUCCUCCCUCAACGUGGUCACCGCUUUCUACGUCAUGGUGGGCUUCUUCGGCUACGUGAGCUUCGCCGAGGCCAUCGCGGGCAACGUGCUCAUGCACUUCCCCUCCAACCUGGUGACCCAGAUGGUCCGCGCCGGCUUCAUGAUGUCGGUGGCCGUGGGCUUCCCCAUGAUGAUCCUGCCCUGCCGCCAGGCCCUGAACACGCUGUUGUUCGAGCAGCAGCAAAAAGACGGGACCUUCGCCGCCGGAGGCUACAUGCCGCCCCUACGGUUCAAAGCGCUCACCCUCUCUGUCGUGUUUGGGACCAUGGUUGGUGGGAUCAUGAUCCCCAACGUGGAGACGAUCCUGGGCCUCACGGGCGCCACCAUGGGCAGCCUCAUUUGCUUCAUCUGCCCGGCGCUCAUCUACAGGAAGGUGCACAGGAACUCGCUCUUCUCCCAGGUGGUGCUCUGGGUCGGCCUGGGCAUCCUGGUGGUCAGCACUCUCACCACCUUGUCCGCAAGCGAGGAGGCCCCUGUGGAUGUGGACCUGGCGAAGGAAGCCCCGGGCGGUCGGCUUGCGGAGGCUGAGGGUGCGGUGAACGCGGAGGCGGCCCAGCUCCCAGGCGUGGCGGUGCCCAUGGGGGAGGCCCAUCGCCACGAGCCCCCCGUCCCGCAUGACAAGGUGGUGGUGGACGAAGGCCAAGACCCAGAAGGAGCGGCGGAGAAGGAACGUGUGUCCCAGCACGUGGACGACGAGGCUCCUGGGGGCAAGGGCCAGGUGGCCCCACCUCUGCCGGAUUCAGGAAGAGCGCGAGGGGCACAGGCCCCGGUCGUGGAGCCCGAGGGGGGUCUUCCUAAAGGUCCCCAGAAGGUUCCAGAAGGAAAUGGUCCGCGGGCUGUGGAGCCCGUGAAGGAGGACCAGGAGCCGGUGGUCGGGGAUCUGCACCCAGGGCCCCAGGCAGUGCCCCCCGGGGGGCAGGACGCCCUGGGGGCAGGGGCCGCGGACAGAGCAGACGGCGUCCCUGAGCCGGACCACGCCGCCGGUGGGAAGCCAGCCCCCAGGGCCGGGCAGCCAGCGGAGCCUCGAGGGCAGAGGAGCUCGGAGGGCCAGCCUGGGGAGCACGCAGAGGGCCCGGCCGGGGACCCCGCCGGCAGCAAGCUGGAGGCUGAGAUCAAAAAGCUAGUAGCAGAUGCCGGCCGCGUGGAGAGGCUGGACCACGAGGUCCUGCUGCAGGUGAUCAAGGAGCAGCAGGAGCAGCAGAAGCGCCUCCUGGACCAGCAGGAGAAGCUGCUGGCGGUGAUCGAGGAGCAGCACAAGGAGAUGCACCAGCAGCGGCCGGACGGCGAGGAUGUGGACGCGCCGGCCGAGCCUGGGGUGGCCGCACCCAGGAGUAAGGAGCAGGAGGCCCAUGACGGGGAGACGGUGGUGCGCGCCCCCCUGCAGCCUUUGGAACCUGAGCUCAGGGCUCCCGGGCAGCCCCCCGCGCCACCCCAGGGACACAGCCAGCGUUCCCUGCAGGAGCCCAAGGGGGCUGCAGGCAGAGCCCCCGCCAGUCCUCCGGGCGGUGUGGACACAAAGCCGAGGGAAGACCAGCCGGACGCUGAGCCCCAUGUGGCAGGUGUGCAGGACGGGGCCCCAGAGCCCGAUCUCGCUGGGGCCCCCAGGAGCCCAGAGAAGCCUGACGCCGGGGAUGCCCCUGGACAGGGUCCGGUCCUUCUUGGUGGAGGCUCUCAGGAGAGGAACAAAUCCCAUAAGGAGGCAGCAGCCGCUGGUGCCCAUGUUCCGGAAGCGGCAGGUGCCCGGGGAGCCAGGGCAGGGGCUGAGGACCCUCCAGUGCAGCCCCAGCAAGUGAGCCAAGACCGGAGACCCGCAGGCCUGCCCAGCCGGUCGGAAGGAGCAGCCCCCGUGGCCCAGGCUGGGUUACAGCAGCCGGAACGCCGAGCUGUCUCCGCCAGGGCCCCGGGAGGGCACCCAGAGGCAAAAAAGGAGGCCCUGGGCGGGGACCAUGUGCCUGCCCCCAGGCAGGACGCCACUGCCCCAGAGCCCGAGCAGAAGCCAGACCCUGAGCUCGGGCCCCAACAGGCCGUGCCCGGGGCUCAGAAGCUGGACCAUGUCAAACCGAACCGGGACCUGAAAGUUCAGGUCGGUGCCGACCUCCGGAGGAGACGGCGGGACGUGGCUCCUGUAGACGAGGGACCGGGCCCCGAGGGGGUCAUCCUCAGCUUCGACGCCCUGCACGUCAGCGACCUCCGCAGCGCCCUGGACGCCCAGCUCCGCCAGGCCGCGGGGGGCGCUCUGCGGGUGGGCCACAGCCGCCAGCUCAGAGAGCUGCCCGGGGCCCCGGAGGAGGCCUGAGGCUCGCAGUGGCCUCUCCGGCCGGGGCCCGUUCCGGAGGCCAUGCUCGAGGGCGGUCUGAAGGCUCCGCCGACCUGCGUCCUCUCCGGAGUGGCCGCUGCCAUCACAACGCCGUCUGAGCUCGUCAGGUGACCGAGCUCCCUGUGGCCACCCCUCUGUGUUCUGAGACGGGGUCCGUGCAGCUGUGGGUCUGAGUGAGGGCUGGAGCCGUCCGGUGCUGACCCAUCCCAGGCCCGGCUGCUGGACCAGCCCUGGCCGCAGGUCGUGACUCAGAAUUCGGUCUCACGUCCUGAGUCGUAGAAAAUGUUAACGGACAUUCUGCCUUGACCAUGAGCGCUGCUGCUGGCUGAGGGCCCCGGGUGGGACUGCGGCUCCAUCCUCGGGCCGGAGAGCAGCGAGUGCACCUCGCCCACCACAUGGCUCUGCUCCCGCGCUCCUGGUUCCUCAAGUAGCAUGGGCUUUAAAAAUAAAACCAUUCCAGUCUGGUU